AUGGAGGACACUGAAUUCGGUGCUGCUCCAGCUGCAGCAGCAGCUGGAGCGGGGAGAGCAAGCGUUGCACGCGCAUCAACGGCAACGGUAACAGGUAGAAAAGCAUCAACAGCAGCGAGUAGAAAAGCAUCAACAGUAGAUGCUACAACCUUACCGCGAGCCAGCGUUACGUGGUAUGAUGAGUCUGGCUUUGGCUCAUACACGGAGAGCAGCUGCAGCAGCACCCCUCGCGGAACAAUAUUAAAAGAACAGGGACCCCCCUCUGCACCUCCAUGCUGCUUACAUCUGCAACGUCUCGCGGUCCUGCGGCAGCAGGCGGAAAAUAAGCCAUCAAAUACAGAUACUGCCGGGCCCCUUCCUUUUUUCUCUUCUAGUCCCUUCACAUUAGGCCCCCCCAUGGGGCCUUCUGCCCCCUCAGAGACUGUUGCUGCUGGCGGUGUCGCAGCAGAAGCAAAAGAGGAAGGAGCACCUGCUGUACCAGCAGGUGCAGCGCCCUUAGAGGGGGGAGAAGCAGCUGCAGCAGCAGUAGCUGCUCAAGGCUCGUUGUGGAACCAAGGAGUUACACCUCUCCGUUCCCUCAUGGAAACGAUGAUUUCAGAGGGGCCCCCGGGGGCCCCCCAGUUGCAACGAGCUGCCGCGUCUUUCACGAGCCGCAGCAGAGCCCCCAGCUUAACAAAACCAAAGGACGCCUACCAGGGGAAAUACUUCGGGACCAAUUGGCUGGGCCUGCUCCUACCUCCCGAAAGACUUCCCCCGUUGUACUCCUUGGACGAGAAUGCAAUAAACUAUCACUUGCUUCCUCUAUCUCUUCUCCACAAGUUCCGCGGGGCCCCAGCUGCACCUCCUGUCGAUGAGGCUCCACUCCCACAGACGCCGCCCCCGGAAAGGGUUCGGGGGCCCUCUGUGGCUCCUGUGGACAAAAAAAAGCCUGCCAAAAAGGGCGGAAAUAAGAAAAAGAAAAAGAAGACGAGAGGCGCAAAGGGAGCCCCCAAAAAGGCCCCCCCUGUUGGCCCCCCUCCCAGCAGCCUCCUUCCCACCAUAGAGAAUUACUGGGGGCGCCCCGAUUGGUGGCCCUCACAAGAAACGUUACCGGGGGCCCCAUUAAAGCCGACGACCUCCGUAAUGGGCCCUAACUCCGAGAAGGACAGAGCAGAAUAUCUGCGUUGUGUUGAAGGAGUGGGCUGCUUAGAGGGAGACGGUGCCCCCUGGCUCACUGACAGGCAGCUGGGUGCUCUCAUCAUGAGAGUUGGUGGGGGCCUCAGCUUGGAAUACCUCGACCUGAGUUCAUGUGAGGAAAUCAUGGACUUGUCGUUCCUUAAGGAGAUGAGGCCCAGGCUACGUUUUUCUCUCAAGGCGCUGAUCUCAGAUCCCUGCAGUUUGAAGUUUAGAACCGUGGGUUGCCUGCUGCAUUUGAAAUGGCUUGAAGAGCUGCAGAUCGCACGGUGUCCGGACUUCUCAGAUGACUGUAAGAGAGCAGUUCUAUGGGGUUUGGAGUUUAAGUUUUGCGGUUUGGAGUUGCCUUGUCUUGAGCAAUUGAAGAAUGGCACAGGCCUGCAGGUAUUCUUUUCAAACCAUCCAGAACUCCUCAACUUGAACAUCUCCUUCUGCUGCAGGACUGAAUCAGAUGCCAAGCUCUCCGCCUGUCUCGGCCUACUCCCUGAUCUGCAAGAGAUAGACUGUUCUGGGUGCGACACCGUGAGCAACGGGGUCCUGCUGCGCCUGAGCGAAAGCUGCAAGGGGCUGAGGGGCCUCCGCCUGGCUGGGGCCUCCAGUUUGCGCGAUGAGGGCCUCGCGCUCCUUGCCAGACUCAACUGCUUCAAACACCUGUCUCUCCUUGACGUUCGGGGCUGCACUGAGUUGUCAGCAAUGUCUAUAGAGGUGGUGUUGAGGGGGGCGCCUUCUCUGUCUUUUGUUUAUUUAGAUGGAGUAAACAAAAUAAGCGAUGAUCAGCUAAAACAAAUUAAAUCAAAAUACCCCUCAUGCACAUUUGUACGGAGAAGCGAAACAGAAAAGAACGCAAGAGGAAUGCCGCUCUACAGGAAAAUUAGCACUCCGGAAAAGAAGAAAAAGAAACCCCCUCCUCAAUAA